UGCAUUGUAGACAAAUAAAUAGAAAUAGAAGUAGAAAUCCAUCCAUUCGUAUUUUUAGCCUCCGCCUCGUCUGAAGGAGAAACAUUUCUCUCCGCCUCGCCUCCAGUCACUCAUUCUCCCUGAUUCGACUUUCUCCUCACUUCCUCUUCCCUCCCUUUAUGAUAUUACCCAAACUACUCAUCUUGAUCCCAUAACCAUGUGUAAACACAUCCUCAACGCCCAAGUGGCCAUUCGAUCUCCUUGCUGUAAAAAAUGGUUCGACUGCGCCGAAUGCCACCAAGAACAAGAAUCUCAUAUGCUAGCCAAAGCGACUGAAAUGGUAUUCGCGUGCAAGAAAUGCAAGAAAUGUUUCCGGAAAGACGCGGCGGAGUUUGAAGAAAGUGACGAAUACUGCCCCCACUGCGACAACCACUUCGUCAUCGAGGCCGUGACCCCGAAGCCCUCGUUACAGGUCGAAGGCGAAGACGCGCGGAUCGAUUCGAGAAUGCUCAAAGAUGACCGAGUGCGCGGCCACGAGGAGCGCUCGCUAUUCAAUAUCAAGGAUGGGUCGGAUCGACUGGGCUAACCGAUCCAAAUACUUUCCUCCGUUCUUACGAUCCUUCGUUUUAUACAUAUUUGUUGGCUUUGGUGUUGAUAUUGGUAUUGAGCUGCGGGGUGCAUGGCUUACUUGCAUUGUGCGUUAAUGAUGAUAUGAUUGAUUUGGUUUGGUUUCAUAUUUCUUUGGGGUUGGGGAGGGGGGUGGGUAGAUGAUAGAUGGAGAGACGAGCAAUUCUACAGUCCAAAGAAACGAAUAAAAGAAAAGAA